AUGGGCAAAAUCGCACUGUUGCGGGCCAUUUCAAAUACCGCUAGUUCUAGUAUUAUAGGAUUUUGCCGAAAUACCACUAUUCACCGAUGCUACUCGACUGUCGCAUCAGAUACUCCAACCUACUCGAUUCAUACAUUCGAGAGUGACUAUCCAAUCGUCUUGAACGAGGACGCUACUUUCAGAGAGUCGAGAUUUAACAAACAAACCAGGUCCCAUGUCUCUUGGCUUGAGAAGGUGGUUUUUAGUCGGAUCGAAAGAAAUGUAUCGUCAUUCUUGGCAAAAGCAUGGGUUAACGGCAAGAUAAUUGCGUCUGGUAUAGAUCCAUCAAGCCAGGACAAGGAUUCAGCAUCACUUAACCCCCUCCUGGCACUUCGUUCAGAUCAAUUCACUGCUCUCUCAGAGUACCUUCCAGACAAAUUCAUAGCUGGUGCUGAACCAUCCUUGCAGGCAUUUCUUGAGGCUAUACCAAAAGACUCGCUUCACUCAUCAGCAUCAUCUCUAAGUCUCAUGUGUAAACCCAAACUGUUCAAAGAGUUUGAAUUCCAUCAUGAUCAGCUACGCAGCUUGGGGAUCACUCUUCAACUUCAGAUUAAUUAUAUCAAGAAUCUAGACAUGGAUCAAGUAUGGCUGGCAUUUGGAUCUAAUGCAGAUUUGAAAUCUACAUUAGAUUCUGGAGAAAUUGUCCAGUCGUUCAGUCCAACCCAUUUCAUUUCUCAAAAACCCAAUUCAUCCACAGUAACUAUUCGAAAGGGAGCCUUUUCAUAUGCUAUGGGUGUAGAUGAGCUGGUACAUGUGCAGGAUCAAAAUGGAUCCAACUCUACCAAAAAAUAUUCUAGUCCAACGCCUGCAAAACUCAACUCGGUUAUGGGCAGAGGAUUCAUGAUUGGCAUUGAUGUGUUUGCCAAUGUGAAUAUGACAUUGAGUAUGCACAAGGCGCCUAUAAAGUUGGAAGAGUCUGAUGAGAGUCAGGUUGAAAACAAGGAAGACGUGGAUCGAACAGAUGAUUUACCAUUGUGGAGCAGAGCUAUUGAACGAGAGAUGAUUUUUAGAUUUGAAACGGAUCAUGCCAAAGGGGCAUUUCAUCAUAGCUGGAAAAUUGCAGAUGUUGAUAAUCUACUAGCAUCUGAAUGGGUGUGAUUCGGGUGUCAGAUAAUAAAGCACUUGUUGCGCAAU